AUGCUAGAUUCUAAUGCUAUUUCAAAGUCACAAGUAAGGGCUUACAAGAUAGAAGCUGGAAAUGAGCUUCGUAUCAUAGCUCACUCUAAUCAACCAUGCUCAAUUCGUCUAUACUCCCCUGCACUAUCUUCUACUAACGAUGGAGCAAUAAUGAGUUCUGCUGAGAUCUUUGGUGCUGAACUACCUCCUGAUGUAGAAAUGAAUAUAGCUCCUUCUUCGAGAUUAGCUAUAUAUACAUGGCAUGGAUGUAUAAUACAAAUAAAGGGUCUGGUACAGCAAGAAUAUCAAGGUAUAAAUAAAAGUAUGAAGGAUUAUCUGGAGGUUAUACAGGUUUUAGAUAGUCGUAGAGAAUAUGCAAAACUUCAUAAUACAUAUGGCCCUAGGGUUUUAAUAACUGGUUCAUCUAAUUCAGGAAAAUCUACAUUAUGCCAAAUUUUGUGUAAUUAUGCUGCUAGAAGAGGGUAUGUACAUAUGUAUGUGGAAUUAGAUCCCCGAGGAUCUACAGAUAAGCCUAAUAUGCAAUUUCCAGCAGGUAUUAUAGGAGCAUCAAUUGUAGAUGAAUUUUUCCCUCAUAGAAAAGAGCUUAAAGAUUCCCUUGCAUUUUUUUUUGGUCAUCUAAAUGUUACUGAUGAUAUUCAAUUGUAUUUAUAUUUGUGCCAUCUACUAAGUGGUGCUAUUUUUUUAAGAAAUCAAAAUAGUUCAGGUACUAAUAGUAUCAUCUCUGGUUUUAUAGUUAAUGCUCCAUAUCAACCUUCAACUGAAUUACUGGAAGAACUUAUUUCAAUCUUUAAUAUUGAUGUAGUUAUUGUAAUGGAUGAUCCAAGUACUCAACAUUAUCUUGCAGAUAAAUAUGAUUAUAAAGAACCUGUAAAUUAUGAAGAUCUAGAAAAACAACUAAAAUCUAAAAAUGAAGAAAGUGAAACUUUAAACAAUCAAGAUGUAUUAACAUCUUUACCUAAGGUGUCAGUAGUUGGAGUCUCGAAAUCUGAUGGUGUAAUUAGUAUUACUUCACAAAGACUAGCUGAAAUUCGUCGAGAAUGUCUAAAAUCUUAUUUUUUUGGAUCUCCAGAAUAUCCACUAAGACCUCAUACAAUAACAUUAAAAGUAGUACCAAUGAAAGAUGAUGGUACUUCUUCAAUCCUUCCUGGAUCUAUUCUAACUAGUACUUGGUGCCAUCUUGUUGAGCUACAAAUAACUUCAUUACCUGCUUCUGCUUUACCAGCUGAUCAGGAUGUAUCAAUGAUCGCAAAUACUACUCAAGUAGUACCAUUUAAUAAACCUUUAAAAAGUCUUAUCAAUGCUAUUGCUGGAAUUAGUAAUUCGAAAAAUUCAUCUAACGUUGCAAUUAGUAGUUUAGCUGGUAUAAUUCAUAUUCGAGCUGUUCAUGAAGAGCCUUUAAGUGAUGAUAUAUCAGUUCAAUAUCUAAGCAAUAAUAAUACUCCACUUGCUUCAAUCGAGGUUUGGUGUCCUGGUCUUUCUGAACAAGGUGAAUUUCCUUCUCACUAUAUUAUUUUAGGGAAUAUUCAAAAACUUAAAUGGCAUCUUGAGUAA